AGGAAACCCUAUCAAAACAACUCUCGUUCAAUCCUUCUCGGAAAUCAAAUCCCUAAUCUCUCUCCUUUACAAUGUCAAAUCCUAAGGUAUUCUUUGACAUGACCGUCGGCGGCCAACCUGUUGGUCGGAUCGUCAUGGAGCUGUUCGCCGAUAUUGUUCCAAGGACAGCUGAGAAUUUCCGUGCUCUUUGCACCGGUGAGAAAGGUGUUGGCAAGUCCGGCAAGCCACUUCACUUCAAAGGUUCAAGCUUUCACCGUGUGAUCCCUAACUUCAUGUGCCAAGGUGGUGACUUCACCGCCGGAAACGGCACCGGCGGUGAAUCAAUCUAUGGGGCUAAGUUUGCCGAUGAGAACUUCGUGAAGAAGCACACUGGACCUGGUGUGCUUUCCAUGGCUAAUGCCGGUCCUGGGACGAAUGGAUCUCAGUUCUUUAUCUGCACUGUCAAGACCGAAUGGCUUGACGGGAAACAUGUCGUUUUCGGCCAGGUUGUUGAAGGGAUGGACGUGGUGAAGGCAAUUGAGAAGGUUGGAUCUGGAAAUGGCAGGACUUCGAAGCCUGUUGUUGUUGCUGACUGUGGUCAACUCUCUUAGAGUCCCUUGGAUGACAUGUCGUUCGGUGGUGUCUUGUUUCGUCUUUUUAAUAUUGGGUCUUCUCUAGUAGUUUUGGGUGCGUUGUAGUCAUUUAGGUUUUGAGGUUUUAUGGGGCCUUUGUUUUAGUCUUUCCCUUUGGAGUUUGGUGGUUCUAUCAGGCUUUCGUGUGUUGAAAAAUGAGCUACCAUGAAUAAGAUAGGCUUAUUACUAUCUAA